AUGUGUUUGAGUUAUUGUUGCCAAGUAAAAGGUCUUUUCUUUUCUCCUGAUUAGUACAGUCUGUUGGUGCCAGCAUCUACAGGACUACAGUUGGUGAGCAAUGAGCAAUCCAGACGUGAUAAACCUAAAUGUUGGGGGUGCGAAGUUCACCACUUUUGCUUCAACACUGCAGAGGUUCCCAGAUUCCAGAUUGGCACACAUGCUGGAUGGCAGCGACCGGGAUUUCAGGCUUGUAAACGGUCAGUUUUUUGUAGACAGGGAUGGCUCCUUGUUCAGCUACAUAUUGGACUAUCUGAGAACUUCUCAACUGACUAUACCAUCUGAUUUUUCCGAAUAUGAAAGACUUCAGAGGGAAGCUGAAUUCUACCAACUUCAUGCACUGGCUGAGCAGCUAGGCCAGGGGAACAUUUACCAGCCCAGGCAGGAGAUCUUGGAAGUAAGGUUCCUCCUACAAGAGACACAUGCUUUCUUCCGCAUCUUUUGCUCAUGCAGCAGUACAGUUGAGGCCCUUGCUGACCGCAUUGUAAUGUAUGUAGAACAGCCCAUUGGAGUUCAAGGAAUGAGCUUCCCAUUUUCCAACCAGAAACCUCUGGCUCCUGUGCCCCUGCAAAGACCCUCACAUCAUGACCUUGUCUUCCAGUGUGGAACAGACUUUGCAACAGGCGAUCAAUUUGGAGCCAGGUAUGCAUCUAUAAAGCCUGACCAGAGAAAACUACUGAAUGGGACCAAUGUGCUGGGACUUUUGCUGGACAUCUUGCUACGAGAGGGCUUUAGCUUGGUGAGCACAAGAGCUGUGUCAGCAGAGGAGAAGGUAGAGUGUUACACAUUCCAGAGGAAGAAAAGACCUGAAAUCUUUACCAUCGCUGAAGACUAUAAACAGGAAAAGAUGGUAAAUGUCCAAGUAAAACCAAGCAAGCAAACUAAAAAGAGAUGAUGGCCCUGUUCAUUCCAUCAGGAGAAACAUCACUUGUGUGGACCAUUACAUGACCACCAGUAAGAAUACAUCCACCUGUCAAAUAUGUUGCAGUUUCAAAAACAAGUUGGGCUACCCAAGUACAACCGUGAACACAUCCAGCUGUUUAAGAAAUGGUUAUAACCCCCUUGGUUAGCCCUAAACAGCCCAGUCCUCACUGAGUAUUAUACACUGUGCUGUCAUGCAAACACAUACAAAUCCCAAUACAUGCCCAGUAACCACCGGAUAUCUUUAGAGCCUGAUGCACAGACAAAAAAAAAAAAAAAAAAAAACUAAAAUUUUGACAUUGACAGGAGUUUGAGACAUUAUAUCAUAUUGACCUGUUCAAAUAAAUUGUCAUUAUUCAUUUCCGUGUGUGGCCCUUUGAUCCAUGUCCCUAAAAUCUAAUAAAGCACAUCAUAUCUAUGGUUAAAAUGUAAA